UCUCGCGCUAUGGAGACCUCAAGAAGAAGAAGAUUCGACGCAACAGGUGGAGCAUUCGGAUGAUGUGAUGAUGGACCUCAGGGCCGACAUGUCGGCACAAAGCGAAGGCAUACCCGAGCACGUGCGACAGCCCAUGACUAGCAUCUUGGCAUUUGCAAGAACCGUGAAUUCAUCCCACUUUCUCCACAGUGCUCUGAUUCCAAGGUCUGUAAAAGCCACACCUACUGUGCACUAUAACGUGAAAGGGCUUCAAGUCUAACUGGUCCUGCGUGUUGAGGGGAUCAAGUGUAUCUAAAGUGCCCUCCCGGGGAACUACGUUCCUCUCAUAGUCGCAAUGAAUCCCCGAGUAGAAGAAGUCAGCGAGUCCGACAGCGAUCCCGAUGUCAUGGAUCUCUCUGACAUCCCCUCCCUCAUCCCCGCGUCCUCUAUCCCUAGCUCUGCCGGCAGUAACAUACCCACCCAAAUGCUGCAACCACAAUCCCCUGCGGUCCGCGCCUCCUCCGACCGGGAAAAAUCAAAACACUACCAAUGUGUCUACCCAAUCUAUUUCGAUGCUUCACGAACCCGCGCAGAAGGACGUCGUGUAGGGCACGAGCUCGCUGUGGAUAACCCGCUAGCGCGAGAAAUGGCCGACGCAGCAGCUAGUUUGGGACUUCAGACGGUGUUUGAACCCGAUAAAACGCAUCCGAAGGAUUGGAGUAAUCCAGGCCGGAUACGGGUUCUUCUCAAGCAGGACGGAAAACCGAUGACGAAGAACAUUAAGAAUAAGCAUCAUCUAUACAUCCUAAUUUCCCAGCACUUAAAGGCACAUCCUACGCAAAAGAAUACGCCACUCAGGUUGAGGAUUGCAGGGCUUCCACCUCCACAAGAGCCGCUUCCUGAGCCAGCGAUCCCCAAGGGCUGGAAGAUGAAUACAAUUCUGCCAUUGCAUUCACCUGCUUUGACAGGCGGGGGUGUAUCGGAGAACUUCUUGCAGGAAAUGAUGGCGGAGAUGGGCGGAAUGGGCGGGGAGAGCGGGAGUGCUGCGAGUAGUGGAGGAGAGGCCAAGAAAAAGAAGGACAAGAAGAAAAAAUGAAUGGCUUAUGGACAACGGGCAGAGACGGUCUGUGGUCCCUGCUGUGUUCCCAAAAUAGGUGGCGUAUGUGUGCUGGGCACGUCCUGGAGUCAUGGAAAACAGGAUCACAAAUAUAGCGUUCUUCCGAAACACUUGUUGUGUAAACGGACUGCGUUUACACACUAGGGGUCUUUAUACUCACAUGGACCUCCAAUCCAGCAUCGGUGUCCUCGGAAUCAAGGGUUGAGGUUCCAUAAACAAGUCAGAUGAGAAACCCCAACCACCUAGAUCACCAUAUAUACCGGGAUCGCAC